AUGAUUGGAAUCUUUGUCUUUCUCAAACUUUCUCAAUUAGCUUUGACAACAUGUCCUGAUACGCAAGUGAGCACACCGUGUGGAUAUGUGAAUGUUUUCUGGGAUUGCGGACUAGCGAGCACAAGUGUGGCUCUAUUCACGGCCGGGGUGAAGACAAAUAUCACUUUGGAGAAGCGAUGUGAAGAGAUUCACGCUGAUUGCUUCAUUUUCCUUAAAAAAGUCCUCACUGCAACGGGGAAAAUGGCUCCGAAAGUUGCGGACAGUUUGGUGAGCAUUUGCAAGAAUCAAGAGGCUUUUGCGGUGAAUGGAACCGAUCGGGAAUACAUUUGUGCUCAAGGAUACCUCGUGGCAAAUGAGAAACGUUUCGGUGGAAAAGAAGCGAGAUGCACUUUAUGCCAGAUUGCUAAUCAAGUUUCGACAACAUCCGCAUGUGUACAAGUGAAGAAGUUCAAGUGUGGAGAAAAGGCUGGAACGGGCGCAGUCACCAAUGAGAACGUGUGCAAAAUUGGCGAGUGCUAUUGUCCGGAUGGAUUUGUUGAGAAUGAAGCUGGAAAAUGUUUACUGCUCAAUGAUGCUCUCCAAGCUUGCAUUGAUGCUUUUGUUCUGAUGAAUAAAUCUUGUGGUGCAAGCGAGACCCUUCUUUCGUGUCAGCAAAACGAGUUCACGUUUAUGGGAUGCACUUCGACAGUUCCACCUGAGAGGAGUGCAACGCUGGCGAUCCUCGUGCCAAUUUUCCAUGAUGACUGUCGACAAAAGAAUGAGCUGAAAUGUAGAUGCAAUCUGGGAUUUGCUCGAGUUCCUUCGGCGGGAAAAUGCAUCUCAGUGGCCGAUGUGGAAGCCUCUUGUCACACU